AAUCCUCCAAAUGAUGCACCACCACUGACUUCACUUAAAAAGUCUGCGCUAACUGGUGGUCCAGCGAUACCUCGCCGUGAUCGUCGUCAAAGUAGUUCUUUAUUUCUAAUCUCAGCGAAUCGGGAACUUAUUAAAUUACCAAAUAUAAAAGAUGCUGAACCUGCUGCGAAAGAAGAUCUUUUCAUUCAGAAAUUGCGACAGUGUUGUGUUGUAUUUGAUUUUGUUAUUGACCCUCUAUCGGAUCUCAAAUUUAAAGAAGUCAAACGAUCGACACUUAACGAACUCACUGAUUAUGUUUCAACUGGCCAAGGUGUCAUUACGGAAGCGAUAUAUCCUGAAGUUAUCAAUAUGCUGAGUGUGAAUUUAUUUCGUGUGCUAUCGCCGCCUUCGAAUCCUGUCGGAGCAGAGUAUGAUCCUGACGAAGAUGAACCAACUUUAGAAGCUGCUUGGCCUCAUCUACAACUGGUUUACGAAUUUUUUCUACGCUUUCUUGAAUGCAGCGAAUUUCAAGCAAACAUGGCAAAGCGAUAUAUAGAUCAGAAAUUUGUUCUGAAGUUAAUUGAAUUAUCGGAUAGCGAAGAUCCCAGAGAAAGAGAUUUCCUCAAAACAACGCUACAUCGAAUUUACGGUAAAUUUCUUGGAUUGCGAGCUUUUAUGCGUAAGCAGAUCAACAACAUUUUUUAUACGUUUAUCUAUGAAACGGAACGGCACAAUGGGAUAGCAGAAUUACUGGAAAUAUUGGGAAGUAUAAUUAAUGGAUUCGCAUUACCAUUAAAAGAAGAACAUAAAACUUUUCUUCUUCGUGAAAUCUCUAUCAGUUUAUCAUCCCCACUUAACUCAGGCUGUAAUACAUUCACUUCUCAAAUUUUGGUAAUGUUUUUAAAUGAAUUGGAAGAAAUUCUGGACGUAAUUGAGCCAGCAGAAUUCCAGAAAGUGAUGGUGCCACUGUUUCAUCAGCUCGCUCGCUGCGUAUCUUCACCACAUUUUCAGGUUGCUGAGCGAGCUCUUUAUUAUUGGAAUAACGAAUAUAUUAUGUCAUUAAUUGGUGAUAAUGCUGCAGUGAUCUUGCCUAUCAUGUAUCCAGCGCUUUAUAAACAUGCUAAGAAUCAUUGGAACAAAACGAUUCAUGGUUUGAUAUACAAUGCGUUGAAAUUGUUUAUGGAAAUAAAUCAUCGUUUAUUCGACGAAUGUUCGCAAAAUUUCCAACAAGAAAGGGAAGAAGAAAAGGAACGUUUGAUAGCAAAGAUUAAUAUGUGGAAAAAUAUUGAACAGAAGGCUCGUCAAAAUCCCAAUGUAGGAAUAAUAAUUUGUCAUGUUACCAGUAAAAUGUUAAAAUCUUACUCGAUUCGAGAAGAUACUGAAACAACUCGUCGGAGAAGCGAUCUACCACAUGAUCCAAAUACUGAGCGAGCUUUGGAUGAACAUCGUCGACAUGACGCCUAUCUUCGAUCUGUUCCUAACGAAUGA